AUGACAGUAAUCUCUGCAAUCAGUUGUGCCUUCUUAUUUUUCAUUCUCUGUGAAACAAGUGCAAUAGCAUUACCCAAUUCCACUGACCUGUUCCUCUCAAACAAAAAUUUCACUGACAUUGAAGCAGCUUUGGCAGCUCACUUGGACUCUGCAAAAAUCCCCAAAGUCAGGCGGAAGCGAUACAUUUCACAGAAUGACAUGAUUGCCAUCCUUGAUUAUCAUAAUCAAGUCAGAGGCAAAGUCUUUCCACCUGCUUCAAACAUGGAGUAUAUGGUUUGGGAUGAAACUCUUGCCAAGUCUGCAGAGGCUUGGGCUGCAACAUGCAUUUGGGACCAUGGACCUUCCUACUUACUGAGAUUCUUGGGCCAAAACCUGUCUGUAAGAACUGGAAGGUAUCGAUCCAUUCUUCAGCUGGUAAAGCCAUGGUAUGAUGAAGUGAAAGACUAUGCUUUUCCAUAUCCUCAGGACUGCAACCCUAGAUGCCCUCUGAGAUGCUAUGGACCCAUGUGCACACAUUAUACACAGAUGGUUUGGGCCACUUCCAAUCGUAUAGGCUGCGCAGUCCACACAUGCCACAAUAUGAAUGUCUGGGGAUCUGUUUGGCGACGAGCUGUUUACUUGGUAUGCAACUAUGCCCCAAAGGGCAACUGGAUUGGAGAAGUGCCGUAUAAAGUAGGAGUCCCGUGUUCCGCUUGCCCUCCUAGUUAUGGAGCUGCUUGUACUGACAAUCUUUGUUUUCCAGGAAUAACAUCAAACUACUUAUAUUGGUUUAAAUAA